GCAUACUCCAUGCUUCUUGGUUCGAGAAUGCGUGUAAUGUGUGAAUCUUUACAUGAACCAAAUAAAGCAAAAACUAGAAAAAGGAUCCUAACGUGGGAUGAGAAUCUUUCCUCUUUCUCGUACACUCUGCUUUUCAGUUCAUCUGGUCUUCCCUUCCUCUUUUAUCGGAGGCCGUGACAUACACAUUUUCACACACCCGUCACUCCUCAAUUCCAAUGUUUUAUGGGGGCACGUUACGUUCUUCUAUUCUCGGACACCUACUUAAAACAUAUCACACACACAUACUAUAUUAACAUCUCUUUCUUUUUUACACACAAACAAAAAAUGUCUGCAUCUGUGGGAGAUCAAGGUGGAGGAGGUGCAACUGUUGAUAACAUGGACAAGGAUAAUGUUAAUAAUAAUAAUAAUAUUGCAAAUAAUACAAAUAAGCCUCCUCUAAGAGCUAAGAGCUUUUCAUUCAGGGCUCCACAGGAAAAUUUCACCAUUAAAGAUUUUGAAUUGGGCAAGAUCUAUGGUGUUGGGUCUUAUUCUAAGGUUGUCAGAGCAAAAAAGAAAGACACAGGAAUGGUUUAUGCAUUGAAGAUCAUGGAUAAAAAGUUCAUUACUAAGGAAAAUAAAACGGCAUAUGUGAAACUAGAGCGGAUAGUACUCGAUCAACUGGAUCAUCCUGGCAUUGUGCGCUUGUUCUUUACAUUUCAAGAUGCUACUUCCUUAUACAUGGCACUAGAAUCUUGUGAAGGUGGAGAACUUUUUGAUCAAAUUACCAGGAAAGGUCGAUUAUCAGAAGAUGAAACCCGUUUCUAUGCUGCGGAAGUUGUAGACGCGCUCGAGUACAUACAUAAAUUGGGACUGUUACAUCGAGAUAUUAAGCCAGAGAAUCUAUUACUUAGUUCCGAUGGGCAUAUAAAAAUUGCUGAUUUUGGUAGCGUAAAGCCUAUGCAAGAUAGCUCAAUAACUCUCCUUCCAAAUGCAGCAUCAGAUGAUAAAGCUUGCACCUUUGUUGGAACUGCGGCUUAUGUACCUCCAGAAGUGCUAAAUUCAUCUCCUGCUACAGUUGGAAACGACCUAUGGGCACUUGGCUGUACCUUGUAUCAAAUGCUUGCUGGAAGUUCUCCCUUUAAGGAUGCUAGCGAAUGGCUGACAUUUCAAAGAAUUAUUGCCAGAGACCUCAGAUUCCCAGAUUACUUUUCAGAGGAAGCCAAAGAUCUGAUUGAUCGAUUACUGGAUGUUAAUCCUAGCAACCGACCAGGUGCAGGGCCUGAUGGCUAUGCUUCUUUAAAGAAUCAUCCUUUCUUUAACGGAAUUAACUGGGAUGAUUUAAAAGCAUUGAAGCCUCCUGUACUUGCUUUGCCGCGAAAGGAUCUUUCACGGAACCUUUCACGAAACCUAUCAUGUGCCAAGGAUGGUUCAGAAAAACAGGCCAGUGAUGAUGGUGAAAAUGCAUCUUCUAUUACUAGACUUGCUUCUAUCGAAUCCUUUGACUCAAAAUGGCAACAAUUUUUGGAGCCUAAUGAAUCCAUUAUUAUGAUAUCCAUGGUCAAGAAACAUCAAAAACUUACAAGCAAGAAGGUGCAGCUUAUCCUCACCAACAAGCCAAAGAUAAUUUAUGUGAACCCAUCAAAGCUAGAACCUAAAGAGAGCAUAGUCUGGUCAGAUAACCCUAAUGAACUUAGUGUUCAAGUUGCCAGUCCUACAAAUUUCAAAAUUUGUACUCCCAAAAAGAUACUGUCAUUUGAAGAUGCAAAACAAAGAGCACUUCAUUGGAAAAAGGCUAUUGAGGCUCUUCAAGGCCAUUGAACUGUUUUUAUGCUUUCUGUCGACCAAUUCAUUGCUGUAUCAUUAUCAUCAAGAAACUAGAGAAUCCUCGAAUAGGCUGAUGCUCCCUGAGAAAUUAUUGUUUCGACGAGAGACUACUUAAAAAGUUCAUUUCCAACAGGGUAAAAACAUUGAGAUACUUCAGUUGUACAUUGACAUGGACGAAACAAGUUCAUGGCUUGCGUGUAUUAUCAACAUAUAUGCAGAACUAUGUGAAAUAUCAACAUAUAUGCAGAAAGAAUUAUGUGAUUUUUUUGCUUUAUCGCAUACAAAUGUAUGAAGACGAGAAAUGCUAGAGAACCCAAAGUUUGUUCCAGAACUUUUCCUAAAUGCUAAUGUGUUGUGUGUAAAUUGGUAGCUUUCCAAAUAAUGUGAUGGAGAUAUGAUGAACACUGUAUACACAUUUGUGCCUAGAAAUUAAUUUCUGUUGUGCCGCAUUAUUGAA